AUGUCACAGCAAUUCAGCUCGCUGCAGCACAAAGAGCCAUGGGAUGUGCCCCCAGAAGUCCUAGCGACAGACACAGUGUUCCAGAUGACUGUGAUCUUCCAGCUGAUGGCUUUCUCUCUGGGUCUCCUCUCCACGUUCCUCCUCGUCAUAGCCACCUGCACCGAUUGCUGGAUGGUUAAUGCUGACGAUAGCUUGGAGGUCAGCCUCAAAUGCCGGGGGCUGUGGAGGGAAUGCGUCACCAACGUGCAGGAUGGUAUCAGGACUUGUGACCAGUAUGAUUCCAUUUUAGCAGGCCAUCCAUUGAAGAUCGUGGUGACGCGAGCCCUGCUGAUCACAGCCGACAUUCUGGCGGGCCUGGCUUUGAUUACUCUGCUUUUGGGUCUGGAUUGCAUCAAGUUUCUCAAGGAAGCGCCCCAUAUUAAGCUGAAGAUGUGCUACAUGGCUGGCUUAACCCUUGGCCUUGGCAGUGUCCUUGGCAUGAUCGGCUCCGUGUGGUAUGCAGUGGAUAUCUAUGUGGAGAGAGCUACUCUGAUAUUGCACGACAUAUUCCUGGGGAUCCACUACGACUUCGGGUGGUCUUGCUGGCUGGGAAUGGUUGGUUCGACAGGUUGCUUUAUGGCAUCCAUCAUGCUAACCUGCUGCCUUUAUAUUUUCACAGGUCAGUAA